AUGGCAGCCGGGAAUGUGGUCAGGCUUAUGACUCGGUCAGCAUACAGGCUAAUAAAUAGCACUUUUUCCUGGCAGCACAACGUUUUGUUGGAUCGCAUGACCACAUCGGAACUUGAAUUCUGGUUUCAUAAUGUUUUGCAUUUAAAUAGUGAACAAAUUUGGCAAGAUAACGAAAUUCCGUCGAAGGUUGUCUAUUCAGAUGCCUCUGAUCGUGCAUGCGGAGCAAUUCUAAACAUAGAUGAGAAAGUAUUUCACAGCAACUGGACAGAAGAAGAGCAAAGUAAGAGUUCAACCUGGUGGGAGUUAAGAACAGUUCUUUUAGCCUUAGAUGCAUUUACACUUAAUAUUCACAAUCGAACAAUCGCUUGGUUUACUGAUAAUCAGAACGUUGUCUCCAUAGUAUCUAAAGGGAGUAGAAAUUCAGAAUUGCAUACCAUGGCGUUACAUUUGUUUGAAGUAUGUUUAGCAUCGCAUAUUCAUUUGGAGGUCAAAUGGGUCCCUAGAGAAUUUAAUAUCCAAGCGGAUUCUAUAGGUCACAUUCUAGAUUAUGACGACUAUACAAUUAACGACUUUGUCUUUACAGAAUUCGAUAAGUUAUGGGGCCCUUAUACAGUGGACAG